AUGUCUUCCAACACAACUCAAGCAACUCCAGAUACUGCCACUCUCCGUUCUCUUCGUUCUCUCUACAAUGCCAAUGAAAUUACAGUUGCCAUGAACAUUGCAAAAUCACGAGAGAGAUGUAGAUGGGCAGCUGGCUAUUUUUGUUUCCUUUCUCUCGGAAGUUUAGGCUAUUGGGGAAUUGCAAGACGUUUUCCAAUCGGUGUGUUACUUCCAUUGAGUGCUGUAGGAGGCUAUACGUUGUGGGAAUAUGAUUUAGGAUAUGGAACGAAAUUGCACCGAAUGAGUCAAGAAGCACAAAAUAUUCAAACCAAGGAACGAUAUAAAUAUUUUGGAAAAUAUUAA